CUCAGUGUUUCACAAAGGUAAACACGAUGGAAGCCACCUUUGUAUAAUGUUAUAUACCUGCAUAUACCGUAUUAAAGAAGAUGAUGUACAAUACACAUCACUGCAUUUGCUAGUGAAGGAGAAACAUUAUAUGAAUAUCUGACAAAUUCAGUUGCUGAACAAGACAAUGUCUGACAAGACAGAGAACCAAACCUCAGAGCUUCCUGAUGCACAGAGUGACGAAGAUAGCGCUGAUACAGUGAAAUCUGAGCUAACAGAAGAUCUGUGUGUGAGGCGUCAGCUGGGAGCCCCGGAUGAGGAAAGCAGUGACAGUAUUAGCGCAGAGAAAGAUAAAGCUGAUAUAGUGAAAUUUGUGAAAACAGAAGAUCUGUGUGUGAGGCGUCAGCUGGAAGCGCCAGAUGAGGAAACCAGUGACAGUAUCAGCUCAGACGAAGAGAACACUGAUAUAGUGAAAGUUGAGAUAACAGAAGAUCUGUAUACGCGUGAUCAGGUGAAGACUGAGGAGGAUGAAGUUCCUAUAAAUACGGCUACAGGUGAAUUCACAAACUGCAGUAAUCCUAGUCAUGGUCAGAGUGCCGAUGUUUCUUUCAGUCUAUUUCAAAAUCAAAGAAGCCACGUGGGAUAUUUAUGCCCUGAAUGUGGGAAAUGUUUUAGUUGGAAAUCACAUCUUAUUAUUCAUCAGAAAAUUCAUACAGGAGAAAGAGGAUUUUCAUGUUCUGAAUGUGAGAAAUGUUUUACUACAAAAUCAUCUCUUAUUAGGCAUCAGAAAAUACAUGCAGGGGAGAAAACAUUUCCAUGUUCUGACUGUGAGCAAUGUUUUACUCUGGAAUCCCAUCUUAUUACGCAUCAGAAAAUUCAUACAAGAGAGAGGGGAUUUUUAUGUUCUGAAUGUGGAAAAUCUUUUACUUCGAAAUCUUCUGUUAUUAGGCAUCAGAAAAUUCAUAAAGGGGAGAGGGAAUUUUUGUGUUCUGAAUGUGGGAAAUGUUUUACUCAGAAACCUCAUCUUAUUAGGCAUCAGAUAAGUCAUACAGGGGAGAAAGCAUUUUCAUGUUCUGAAUGUGGGAAAUGUUUUACCUUGAAACCGGCUCUUAAUAAUCAUAUGAAAAUUCAUACAGGGGAGAAAGAAUUUUUGUGUUCUAAAUGUGGGAAAUGUUUUACUCACCGAUCAACUCUUAUAAAUCAUCAGAGAGUUCAUAUUAAAGAAAAUCAGAGUUUAACCUCUGAAGCGUAGAGACCAAAACAUAGUUAUCAUCCACAUGAUGUCUAUAAUGCUGAUGAUUACAUGUUGUUCUCUGAGGGGCACACUUUUUGGGCAGUUUGAGGUUCCGCUCUGUACCUCAAGCAGCUGCAAAGUGGCCCAAUGUGUUUGUCGUCCCGGGUCCCUAUAUAGGCUUAAAAAGUCAAGUGAUAACUUGUUGUAAAUAAAAUAUGCAUUUACAGGUGUAGAGUUUUUUGAAAGGGAGCCCGUGUGUGCAGUUCAAAAUUAUGUAAAUAUUCUCAAAGCCCCAUAUAUAUAUAUAUAUAUAUAUAUAUAUAUAAAGAUAAACCCUUUUUUGAAAUUUAGGUACUGUUUGCGGCAUAACAGUAAGGUGAUCAUUGAGGUGACAGUGUUUCCCUAACAAAUUUAAAUUGACCCGGUGCACAGGGUGAGCCCCUACGUUAACAUCAAAAGUGGAAGAGGACUCCAAAAGGCCUUGUCUGUAUUAGGAUAGCCCACAUGGUUGCAUAAAAUGUAUUGUGCGGAAAUCUAACUGUGACACAAAGCCUGUUGCUUUUUUUUCAGCCCAGCCACUUAGGGGUUAAAAAGAUGAUUCCUAUCCACAAGUCCCUUUAUUUCUUUUUGUUUCUGCCCUUUUAAACUCUCUCAUCUCUUUGCAAAAACACCCUUUUCAGGACAUUUUUUUAGCCACCAGGAUGCAUUUUAUUGUACUCGUGAUACUCCUUACUAAUCCUGGCUACCUUGUGAGCACCUGGUAAACGCAAAAAUGCUUGUCACUCCCACACUAUGUGGCUGAAAUGCACCAAAUACGGUAUGUGCCUGAAUGAGAGCUUUAAAAUGAUAGCAAACACUUGGGGGUGCUCCAACUAGAUACUGGGUGCUUUGCCGUUAAAUUUACCAGACAUAAAAGGAGCUAAAUUAUAUACCCAGGAAACCUUAUCUCCUGGCAGGAUAUUUGCACAAGGGGGAGAGCAGGGGGCAGUAUGUAAUUGGCUUUUACAUGUUUAAACUUUACACCUUGUACUGUAUAAAAACCCUGUGUCUUGACCAUUAAAGUGUAUUACUCUCUGCUGCA